AUGGCGCUGGCCGUAACAUCUUGGAGAGAUCCACCGCCAACUGCCGGAGCCACGGUUACGGAAGCCGACCUGGCUCCGCAGACAGCAGGCCAGAACGGGCCGACACAGCCUAGUACAACGUCACAGAAUAUAGACAAAAACGUUCAACAUAUCGAAUGCGUGGUCUGUGGGGAUAAGAGCAGUGGUAAACACUACGGUCAGUUCACGUGCGAAGGUUGCAAAUCCUUCUUUAAGAGGAGUGUCAGGCGGAACUUGACCUACACUUGCCGCGGUAACAGAAACUGCCCAGUGGAUCAACAUCACCGUAACCAGUGCCAAUACUGCCGCCUCAAGAAGUGUCUUAAGAUGGGCAUGCGUAGGGAGG